UUUUAAACUAUGUUUUAAAUCAUACUUUUUUAAACGCUUGCCUCGAUGACGUCACGCCAGCCGGCUAGCGCGUGUUUUUAAAACGGUAAUCUGCCGCUUACACUACGACCGAGUUUUGAAGUUAAGAUUAUAUACUUCACAGUUAUUAUUUUUAAAGUACUGGAUCACGUUAAAUAAGAAGUAAUUUUUGCGUUUAUUUCCUUGUUGGAUUUUGUGAAAGAUGUGACGCAGUUGGCUUUUUUGUAUUGUUGUUUAGUUUAGCUUGUACUGUAUUGUCGUUUCCUCCGAUAAGGAAAGGAUAUAUUUUUUGAGCAGCUUUUUGUAAGAGGAGCUACUUAUGUAACACUUUGGGUACUAGAAGGGUUGGUGAAAGUUUUUUUUAUUUGUCUAAUAAUGCGAGUUUAUUCAUGCCAACAAAACACGGCUAGCUAAAAAAAAGCUAACAUCAGACGAUCCUAACCAGGCAGCUAACUUCCACUAAUGGAGGACAGCUCGUCUUGUUCCUCGCUGGUUCCUACUCCCUCCCAAGCGUCUUUUCUCCAGAGGACGUUGGAGCGGUUGUCGUCCGCACAGUGUCUGAAAUUCGGAAGUGACCAGGAGGAACCGGUCGCUGUCGUGGCGCUGCAGAGGUAUCUGUCAGAGCGGACUGAUUAUCGUGACGAGCAGCUCCACAGCUACAGCUACGACGUGACCGUCACAGACGGGGUCCGGAGGGUCAAAUGCUUUCUUCACGCCAGUUUAAACCACCUGGUGCACUCGAACACACUGCGGACUGGGAGGGACAUCUUCAUCUCCCAGUGCUCCUUUCUUUUUAGUGAAAGCAGGUUGGGACACGGUUACAUGUGCAUCGAAAAGCUCCGGUGUGGCGCAAGGAGCUCCGCCGUUCUGGCCCGCAUAAAAGACGUCAGCUUGUUGCCCAUGCUGGUUAGGCAUGGCAUGGAGAGGAGCGUCGUGCUGCACAGUGAUGUCCCCCUCCAGUUAAGCCGGAAACAUUACCUCCCACUGUGGAACAACGUCGACCCGGAAGGGGACAUGUGGAUCUCAGGAGCCCCACCAUCAGAUGCUGUGCUGGAUGUAUCCAAGAUAACACUUAUAAGGCAUUUGGAGUCUUCAAGAAGCACCCUGAAUAAUCUCCCUCUUCUGGUGAAGGUCAUCCACAAAUCCAAACUAAGGUAUUAUGGGAAGUUUGGAUCUAAGAUUGAUUACCCCUACAUGGCGUACUUCGAAGUAGCUGACCAGAGUGGAAUCAUGUCGCUUGUGCUUUGGAACGAACUCUGUCCGAAGUUUUACCAGCGAUUGAAUGUUGGCACAGUGCUUUACCUCCAAAACUACACCCUGAAGCCGAGUUAUACGAACCGAACACGACCACAAAUGGAUCACCACAGAAUGAAAAGCUAUAACUCUCUAGAAAUUGUCCUGAACCCUCAUGGUCCAGCUUCGCUCAUCACUGUGGUCUCACCUAAGACUGUUCAGCCUCAGUGGGGUCUGCCUGACGUUUCCUACCGGUUCAUCAGCAGAUCAGAGUUGGACAGACAAGCGGAUAAUUUUGCCUGUGACGUCAUUGGUUUGGUGACAUUCGUUGGCCGUGUGGAAAGAGUCAAAAGUAAAGUUGACAAAGGUCCAGAAAAGUACUGGACGUACCGCUGGGUCCACGCAGUGGACGGAACGUCCAGCCAGCCGUUUAUCCUGGAGCUUUUUUCUUCCUCUCGAGUUGAAAUCUUCAACAACAUUUGUCCAAUGACAUACCUGGUCUGCACCCAGAUGAGGGUUUGCCAGGUGACCGGCUCUCAGCCCUACCUGACUAGCAGCUGUGAGACUGAGAUGUUCAUCACGGGAUACCACAAAAGUCAACCAUAUGUGGGCGACCCCAGAGUGAAAAGCUUCAUCCAAUGGACCAAGACUUUAAAGGACAACAUUGUUCUGCAGAAGACGGCUGUUGGAGGCCAUUAUUCAUACCCCCAUUCUCCACCAAUGUUCAUACAGUCAGCAGCAGGUCAAAUUCCUCUUGUUCCUGCAGCUGACCUGAAGAGGGAGCUAGAGACCUUGCAGUAUAGAGAACAUAAAAGGCUUGCCUAUCAGGGACAAAUCACAGCGGUUACAUAUUUAAGAAGCCCAAAAACACCCCGAACGGAAGGAACAGAGGUUUCAGAAAAUAACUGUGAGCAUGCUGAAGGACACCGUUCUCCCUCACAGAGAUUACGGUCUCCAUCGUCGGAUGAGACUCCAGCUACUUCAAGGAAAAGGAAAAUUCAAAUGAGUUCCGGCUUCUGCAGUACGCUUGGAUGCAGAAAAACACAUGAAAUGGUGCCAGAGGAGGAAGAGGCCAACCCUUCAUCAGAAGUUCAACUCCAGGAACACAGCUGUGGUCAUAAUUCAGGUCCAGCAGCGUCCCACAUUCUGUCCUGGGAAGGCAGCAGCUGGUCAAAGCAACAGCAGGAGCUGUCCGAGCAUCUGAGUCAAGGCGGUCUGCACCAGGACAGCAUCUGUCGCAGGUUCACAUUCGAUGAGAAGAAUGCUCUCCUGCAGUGGGGCAACCUGCAGCCAUCACGGUGGACGUCCAAGCAAAGCUCCGAGUCUGUCCCACCCGUGCUCUGUUCCGGGUAUUACCAGCUAACCAUCCUGGGUAUUAACAAGCAGAUAGCCGUCGAUGCUGCUUUUCUUCCGGUGGCUUCCUCCGAUGACCCACAGGCCGUCAGCCUACCGCAGGAUUUACACAACAACACAAUGCUGUCCUGCCUUUCCUCUGGGUUCCUCUGCCCUCUUACUGCCACAGAAGACAGCAGAGACAGAUCUCUGCAUGAACCAGGUAACAACAAGAGGAGAUCUUGGAGACUGCUGGUGAGCUGGAGGACAUGCACGUGGUGUGCAUCUUGGACCUUUGUCAUUUAGGUGAAGACAAAUUGGAAGUCCUAAUCAACAAGGUGUACAAAGUGGCAGAGGUUGCAUUUGAUUAAGAAGGAACUGGCAAAUUCUCAUAAUCCUCCAGUUAAGGUUAUUUUUUUAUGAGCUGAAUUUGUGUAUAUAUAUAUAUAUUUAUAAUUAAAAUUAAACUCACUAAACACAAAAAAUAUAUAUUUGUGUGAGUUUUUUCCUAAAGAAGAUACAACUGAGUAACCCUUAAAGUGAAAUUUUUGCUCCAAAAUAGCAAUACAUCCAUUUAAAAAUAUUUAUUUUCAAAUAGAUUUCACAGUAUCCAAGUUGAUUUAUAAAUAAUUUAUUGUAUCUGUAAUAUCCAGAGAGUGUUUGUUAAUUUUGACUGUAAACUUUAGUCAAAUAAUUGCUUGUAUGUCAUUUGAAAGCUAUUUUUGGAGUAAAUAUAGAAGGAAUACAAACCAUACAAGUGAGUGUGCAACACAAAAACAGUAUCAGCUCCUCUAACAAAACAGUUUCUUUAUCUGUUACAAAAUUACUUUAAUUUGUAAAUUAUGAACAUAUACAGUUGUAAUCUGUGAAUUUUAUAAAAUAAACAACCAUUUCGCCUA